AUGCUGGAAGAAAGGGAUACAAGUGGCUCUCCAGGUGAGACUUUGCUCAUAUCUGAGCAACUGGUUUUGGGCGACCCCUGGGUCCCUAUCUAUAAGAGAGCAGUGGAUUUCGAUGCUCAUCACUUUGAAACUGCCAUGGCUAACUUGAUCAGACAACCCAAUAUCAAUUCGACGGUUAUUUUGAGAGCCGAUAUCUUGAAGGAAAAUGUCUACGACCCCGAGAAAGGUGAUACAAUGUUUGUCAGUAAGAUGAUAGACAAGGUUCCUGAUUUUCCGUCCACUUCCAACUCUGAUGACAAUUCUCACAAAACAGACUUGAUUUUGCACAGAUAUUUAGACGAUGCUACAUUCAGACUGAUUCCUACGGAAAACUGUCUGGUUAACUUGGUUUCAAAAUGUGAAAUAGUUCGUAGAAUUAUCCCCAGAAACCCCUUUAAAGAUCAUAUCAUUAACCAGACCUGUCUAGUCUUGACAUCUCAGGAAGGAGACAAAGGGUUGAAGUCAGACGACUCUGUGCUCGUAGUAUACAUCCCACAUAUCAAAUCUAGCGAGGAAACACCCUUCUAUCUUCCUCCAGUAUAUGCUGUAGGGAUAUUGUACCACCAGGGAAGUCUUUCUAUCCAGUACUUGGGUUUUAAUUACGAAAAAUCUAAUGAUGAAACGACAUUGCUUAGAAAUAUGGAUCCUGCGGAAAGACCCAUUCGUAUAGCCUUACGUUUAUUGCAGACGUCGGCUAAACAUUCGCUUGGAGCUAAAACAGGCUACGAGAAAAGAGUCAACCACGAUAUGGUAGUGCCGAAAACGGCAUUCCAAAACAGAUACAUUAGUUUGAAGAAGAAGUACUCGUCUAAAUUGGUAAAUCAAUGGUGUGAAAGCACCGAUCCCAAGAAACAUGUUUUUGAAGACCUCGCGAUUGCAGCCUUUUUGAUAGAGUUUUGGCUGUUGAAGUACAAGGAUUCACAUCUGUUUGAGUUCAGAGACUUGGGUUGUGGCAAUGGGUUGCUUGUAUAUAUAUUAAUCAACGAAGGUUAUAGAGGCAUAGGAAUUGAUGCUAGAGCCAGAAAGUCCUGGGCCAUAUAUCCAAAGGAAGUUCAGGACUGUUUGAAGGAACAAGUUAUCAUUCCUAGCAUUUUACUCAGACCACAUCCAGCUGUAUCUCGAAUUGCACCUCAUGUCACAGAUAACGGCAGAUACUACCAGGUAGCUGUACAAGGAGAAACUGCGAGUCAGAGUUCAGAAGUGAUGGCACCAGGAGGUAUCGCGUACUAUUCAUCAUCGAGCUUGCUAAGUUCCCCACAGGUAUGCACUACAGAUGAUUUUCCCAAGGAUACUUUCAUUAUAGGAAACCACUCAGAUGAGUUGACGUGCUGGAUCCCGUUACUAGGCUAUUCGUUCAUGGUGAUUCCAUGUUGUUCGCAUGCGUUAUCAGGAGCCAAGGCAAGAUAUUCACCCAGAAAGGCUGCGAGAGCAUCCAAGUCAUCGUCUACUUCUACAGUGAACUCGUCGACUUAUGGUGCCUUAGUUGAUCAUGUGGAAGACUUGGCUGUGCAGAUGGGCUGGGAUGUUGAAAAGGAGAUGUUGCGUAUUCCAAGUACGAGAAAUGCUGCGAUAAUUGGUUCGUCCAAGAAAGAGAUUUCCGACGAAGCCUGGCAGACUCGAGUAUUGGACAUUUUGGCAUUAUCAGGAGGAGCCGAAGGUUUUGUUGAGAAUUCUAUGGCUCUUACCAAGAGAGCACCAAGAAACCAUUAG